CACGUGUUUUCUAUCGUAUUGUAACAAUGGCGGAAGAGGUUUCCUGCUUGAAGGCACGGCUUAUGGAGAAAGAAAAAGAGAUAGUUGCGUUGAAGAAUAAACUGGCAUUAGAAAAGAACAGUUUGAUAGAUCUACAGCUGCAGGAGAAAGUGACAACACUUCCACCUCUGAAACUCAAGGCAGCCCUGUCCAAUGAAGACAUCAUGCGCUACAGCAGACAGCUUAUACUGCCAGAGUUUGGUGUACAAGGUCAGCUAAACCUCUCCCAGACAUCAGUGCUGGUUGUGGGGUGUGGAGGACUAGGCUGUCCCCUGGCACAGUAUCUAGCUGCAGCAGGAAUCGGGCGUGUGGGUCUUCUGGACUAUGACGAGGUGGAACUGAGUAACCUGCACAGACAGGUGCUCCAUGGAGAAGACAGCCAGGGACAGGCCAAGGCCCAGUCUGCUGCCCAUGCUGUCAGAAGGUUGAACUCCACAGUAGAAUGCAUUCCCUACCACCUCCAGCUGUCUCCAGAAAAUGCUUUACAGCUCAUCCAACAGUACGACAUUGUGGCUGACUGUUCGGACAACGUUCCCACCCGGUAUCUGGUGAAUGAUGCCUGUGUCCUCAGUGGCAAGCCCCUAGUAUCUGCCAGUGCCCUGAGAAUGGAGGGCCAGUUGACAGUGUAUAACUACCGUGGAGGCCCCUGCUACAGGUGCCUGUACCCAAAGCCUCCACCCCCAGAGAUGGUGACCAACUGCUCUGACGGAGGGAUCUUAGGAGUAGUGCCAGGGAUCAUGGGAUGCUUCCAAGCAUUGGAGGUGCUGAAGAUAGCCUCAGGACAGGGCUCUUCCUGUGGCCAACAGCUGUUGAUGUUUGACGCCCAAGAUGCCAAGUUCCGGUCCAUCAGGCUGCGGUCCAAGCAGGCCAGCUGUGCUGUGUGUGGAGAGAACCCCACUGUCACACACCUUGUAGAUUAUGAGAAGUUCUGUGGGUCUGCUGCCACAGAUAAGUGUCGAAGACUAAACCUUCUCUCCAAAGACCAGAGGGUAACAGUGCAGGAGUAUAAAUCUAUAGUGGACAACACAGCUGCUCAUCUCCUGCUGGAUGUUCGCCCUCUAGUGGAGGUAGAUAUAUGUCACCUACCCACCUCCCUCAACAUUCCUCUAUCCAGUUUAGAGAACAGAAAAAGUGAACAUAUCCGAGUGCUGAAGGAGAGAAUUGGCAGAGUGAAAGAGGAGAUGUUGAAUGAAUCCCAGGUCCCAGUAUAUGUGAUCUGUAAGCUGGGUAAUGACUCCCAGAAGGCAGUUCAGGUCUUGGAGAAGAUGUCAGGCUCUGAAGUGGACCUUGUCACUGUUAAAGACAUCUGUGGAGGGCUGAUGGCCUGGGCACAGAAGAUAGACCCCUCUUUCCCACAGUAUUGACUCAACGUCACAGGUUCUGCACUGUGGAUUCAUGACUUUGUUAAUAAACAUGUUCAUAAAUGUCAUCAUAGCGACCAUUUUUCUACCUUGUUUUAUGUAUGCUGGUUGCAUUGGACAUGGCAAAUAUGACUGACAGAUUAAAUUGCAGUUACAUCUUAAAGGUGAAAAGUGAAAGAAAUAGUCACAUAUCUGCUGUUCAUGUUUUCUGGGCUGUAUUAUAUAUAUAUAUAUAUAACCUUGUUCCAGAUUGUAGAAUUUUUAUAACCCCAAUUAAUGGUGAAGGGGAAGCAGGGUAAUAUGUGUGUGUGUGUGUUAAUUCAUUAUGAAUUUUUAGCUAUUCGGGAACAUAGAUAAAAGUUAACGAAUGUGUUAUUUUUGAAUUAUUACACAUCUAUACAUUCAUAAUGUGUUGUCAGUUUUGAUAUGACACAAUGAGUAGCUGAUGCAUGUCACCAUCCUCUCCAAAACAAUAUUAGAAGCAACACUGCGACAGUGUAAAGAAUAAAGAAUGAUGACAUGUUU